AUGGCCUCCAAGAUCGUCAAGCCUGCGGGCCAAACUCCCGAUGAAUUCGAGCUGCAAGUGGCUCAGGAACUUUUCAACCUGGAGCAGUCCACUGCUGAGAUUAAGAACGACCUGAAGGAUUUGCACAUCACUGCUGCCAAGCAGGUGGAUAUCUCCUCGGGUCGCAAGGCCAUUGUCAUUUUUGUGCCAUUCCGUCUGCACGCUUCGUUCAAGAAGAUUCAGGCUCGCCUCGUGCGCGAGUUAGAGAAGAAGUUUUCUGGCCGUCACGUUGUGAUCAUCGCCCAGCGUACCAUCCUUGGCAAGGGCUACUCUCGCGCCAACCACGGUGCCGGCCCACGCCCUCGCUCGCGCACGCUUACCCACGUGCAGGAGCAGAUUCUUGACGACCUCGUGUUCCCCACUGAGAUCGUUGGCAAGCGUACUCGCUGCCGUCUUGAUGGCUCCAAGCUGUUGAAGGUCCACCUGGACCCGAAGGAUCAGGUUAACGUGGAGACCAAGCUCGACACGUUUGCUACCGUGUAUAAGAAGCUGACUAACAAGGACGUUGUGUUUGAGUUUCCCGUGAUGGAGUAA